CUCGUGAAGUACAGCUCAGCAACAACAACAACAACAAUGGCAGCGUAGUCGAAACAUCCUCGAGAGCAGUGCGGAAAGGAUUUGAAUCAUUUUAACCGGAUCUGGAGGACACGGCGAAACACAGCGGACUUGUUAAACAAGCUCUGGUUUCAUCUAUUUAACGUUUUUAAUCAGCACCGAGGGUUUUUAUUUAUUUUUGAAUAGCUGGCACCGCCUGGACGCGAUGCGCUGCAGCAGGGCCGAGUCUACCGGUAACGGUGUUCUGUUAUGAAAACAAGGAAAUGUUUUUAUUUUACAUGAGCGGACGCUUUUGCAUUGGGACGCAGCCUGUGAACAAAAUGGAGGAUUACGCGCUAAUUAGAGGGAGUGCCUGUUCUCGCUGUGCUUUUAAAUGAGUUUGUGCAGCAUAACAAUAGAAGCGGAAGGAAUACAAUUAACUAAGUGAAGUGAAAGCGCGUAGUGUGGCGCAAACUGUAACGUUAUUGAUUAUCUUAUGUUGUGGGAAACUACUUCCCCCUCUGUUACAACAACGGUAUACGGCAAAAUGUCUGACUCGGGUGAUGCUUCAAGUUCUGGCGCCUCCGGCCUCAGCAGCAGGGCCGGACUGAGUUUCCCCGGGGGCAGAGGACUUCCGGCCACAGUCAGGAGUGUGUCCUCCCCACAUCCGCCUGGAAGACUGACCUCCCUGAGAACCAGGGACUUGACACUGGGAGGAACUUUCAAAAAACCAAAGAAGGCCUUUGAACCAAAUGUCCACGCUGUGAGGAAAAGUAAAGACGAGUUAAAGGAAAGGAUAACUGUAGCUCCAAAAAAGGAGAAAAGGAGGGAUGAACGAAGAGGAGUAAGAGAAGGUAACAGAGGGAAGAGGAGAGAGAGGCCACAGACUAUCCAGUCUCACUCCAUCUUUGAACAAGGUCCCGCUGACAUAUGUAAAACAGGCUGGCGUGGCGCCACUACAGACCUGCACGACUCCACCACCUCUCCUGUGUGUAAACUGGUCAACAAAGAGAAGAAACAUUCAGAGGACGAGGAGGAUGAGUUACUCAGCAAACUACAAAGAGAUGAUUUCCUAGAUGACCCGAAUCUGAGGAACGACGCCAAGCUGAAACCCAUCCAACUGCCUCUGAGUCAGUCCAGCAGCUUCAUUAAGAGCCAAACUCUGUCGAGCACGACGUGUGCAGUGGACCGUCGGGGAGGAGACGGCCGCAGCAGGACGGAGCUGCCCAAACCGGAGCAGCCACCCCUGGUAGACCUCCUGCAGGACCUCAGCCUGUCGGGCAGGGACGAGCUCUUCUUCAUGCAGCUGCCUGACUGUAUCCCAGGUCGGCUGUCUGAACAGAAAAUGGCCCCCCCUCUAAGACCUGCGACAGAGAAAGGAGCCAAGAAGGAGGGCAAACCCGAAGACAAGAGACCUGCACAUCUACAAGCGCAACAGCCUGUGACCAAGGAGGGUUGUCCUGUGCUGUCACAGUUGCCAGAAGGAUUUCUCGGUAAACUGCAGAUCAGGAAGUCAGGAAAGGUGGAGCUGAAACUGGGCGAUAUCGUUAUGGACGUGUCUGAGGGAGCUGCAUUCUCCUUUCUACAGCAGCUGGUGUCCGUGCGUCAGUCUGACGGAAAGACCGGAGACAUGAUGGUGCUGGGAAAUGUCCACCACAAAUUGGUCCUUUCUCCAAACUUUGAGACUUUACUGAAACAGACGUCAGCGCAGCAGCAAAAAGAACUGAAAUAAAUCAAACUAAAAUAUCCCGCAUAGAGAAUAAAUGGAUCUGAAAGCUACACACUGAGGAAUAAAUUAAGGAAUAUGACGCUCAAACAGAAAGAAAUUGACGAAAUUCCCCAAUUCCCCCUUUUUUAGGGCAGCUACUUCACUGACUAGUGUCGUUAUCUUGUAUUUUGAGCAUAGCAAAGCUGUUUUAUAUAGUAUUAAGUUUCCAACUCACAUGCACUGAUUCACAAAGAGGAGACCACACACCAGCACAGCAGCUUACAUGACUGUGAGCUUCACAGUGACUCAACACCAGCAGACCUUCACUCCAACGACACCAGAGUAUGUGGUUGACAACGUUUGCCUGGAAGAAGUCAGCGUCAGAAUCUUCUCCCCAUUUACAAGAAUCUGACCAGCAAACCUGACUAUUUCCCACAGCUCUAGUGUUCUAUUGCUAGAUUAUGUGCAGCUCUCAUGUCGUCUUUUUACUGUCCAACGGGAAUUUUUGUAUGUCUUCUAUACUGGUAGCAUUGUUAUAUGGCCUGUGCACUGUAGAUAUUUACAUGUUUAACUGCUUUUCUGCCUUCGUUUUACUUCUGUACCUUUUAUGGUUUGUUACAUGUAAAGGAUGUUUUGUUUUGAUUUUAAAAAUAAUAAAUGUUAAAUAAAUGUUA